AAGCACCGGGCCCAGUCGCACCUGGUGAAGCCUCCGGUCGCGCCGACCAAGCGCGCGAUGGAGGGCCGUAGCCUGCCAGCCGAGGAGACGCUGUUCUCCAUGGUCGAGAAGCUACUUCAGACAGCCUCCCUGGCAGGCCAGCGGAGGAAUUUGAGGGUGGCCUCCAACUGCCUCCGGCGCGCCUAUUCCAUUUGCACCAAGCGAGCGGAUGCGGGGCUCCUGGCAGGACGUGUGGCACGGGCCAUGGUGGCAGUGCAGCUUUGCGCGUUGAGUUCCAAAGCGAAGCAACACGCCGAGGCACUGGAGGAGGCGUUAAAAGCCAUCAGGGAAGCUGAGGAAGUGUGGAGUAUCUUGCAAGACAAGAGCGAGGACCUUCAAACGCCCUUGGCGCAGCGUGCCCUGGUGGUGCUGAUUCAAGCCAAGCAUUGCGUCGCCAUUGAAUUGGAGUACACUCUGGCCGACAAGAUGCAAAGCAGCCAGGCCUCGAUGAUUCGGGAAAUGAUUCCAGCGUUGCACGAGGAGGCGGCCGCGUUGGCGCGGCUUCUGCCCGAGCGGAGCGCUCUGCGGAAGGUCUCCUUUCGCACCAAGGCCCAGGAGGCCUCUCGCCGCGCUGCCGAGCCGGAUGCCCAUGGCUCCCUCGUCACGAUUGCCGAAGGCCAUGCCGCCGAGUCAUGUCCUCCAGGCUUUGCUUGGCGCGAGCCAACAGAGCUGGCGCUCGAGCUCUUCGAGCGGCCGGAACAUUUCUACGAGCAGCAGGCCCCGGAGCACGUGCCGGAACGCGCCGCCUUUGGACCGCGUGCUUCGGUCCAGGCGGUUGUCGAGCCACUGGCAGGAACCUGCCCAAUUCAGGGCCAGAGCAGUGCGCCCAGUCGCUUCACUUCAAGGCUGGACACGCUGGAGGACCAAUUGUUGGUUCCACCUUCGCCUGUGAGGCUGCCGGUCGUCGAGCAACAGGAAGAGCUGCCUCAAGCGCAAGCGCGUGCAGGCAGCCGGCGGAGAGGCCGUCACGCUCGAGGCGAGAAGCCCAACUACUCUGCAGGGAUGUGGUGGAAGCGCAGGGAAGAUCCAGGUAAGGACGUCUUUCAGCAGUGGUUGCUCGCCACCGCGGCCAAGGAGCCCCGGGGCGGCGCGGUGCUCACAGAGCCCAUGCUGAAGACCUUGAAGUCGGAGUUGAAGCUCAAGUUUCGGCAGUUCCAAGAGGAGAUGCCCUUCUUCUCUGCUCAGGACCUCUACGAGAAUAAGAUCUUGUCCUCCCACUAUGGGGUGAAGGUCCGAAGCCAGGCUCGCAAGGAGGCGGCGCAGAAAGAGGGGAAGGAGGUGAAGGAGGAGAAGGUGGUGCGGUCCAAGACCCACAGGAGGCCCUCCACGAACCCCACCUUGCUCUCAGUGAAAAGCAUGGCGACCAGGCUUCAGGAUUCACAGAAUGCCAUCCCAGAGACCAAGGAGACCAGGGAGUUCCUUUACAUGCUCCGCAGGGAGCAGGGCAACGAGAUCUACGAGGGUCUCCGGAAGGCCUAUUACCACACCAAGGAGGUACCACCGGAGGCACCACCCACCCGGUCGCAGAGCCACCGGCGACUUUGAAGCGUCGGGACCCGUCCGGCGAAGCGGCUCGCUUCGGCGGGCUUUCGGGUCGUGUGGUGUGCGGAGGAAGCACGGGAUGGCACGCCGCGGUGAGCGGAUUUGAAGGGCGCG